UUUUUUUUUUUUUUUUAACAAAACCUUUAUUUACUGUUGUUUUUUGGUUUUUUUUCCAUACAAAAAAUGAACUACAAUUCAAACUACUCCUCCAUCCCUUCCCAACAAUCUUCCUCAAAUACCUCUUUGCCUUCAAUUCAAUUUCAACAGUUUUCCCAAAACCGAAACCAAAACCAACUUCCCACUCUAUCACACAACCCUUACAUCAACACCAACAGCUCCCACAAUUUACCUUCGCUUCCAUCGUCCAUCGUAUCCUCUUCCUCUUCCUCGUCGCCUAGUUAUUCCCAAUACCACCCAAAAAUUCAACCAAAAUCCUUGUCAACAAAAAACUCAUCCUCCUCUUUAAACUCAACCCAGAAGGACCCCUCAACAAAAAGAGGACCCUGGGCUCCCCAAGAAGACCAAAACUUACUACUACUAAUCGAAAAAUAUGGCCCUAGCAAUUGGGUCCAAAUAUCAAAAUACCUAGGCACAAGAACCCCAAAACAAUGUAGAGAGAGAUACCACCAGAACCUCAAACCAACCUUGAACAGAACUCCAAUAACCCCCGAAGAAGGCGCCUAUAUCGAACAAUUGGUCUCCAAAUAUGGCAAAAAAUGGGCUGAAAUCGCCAGACAUCUUAAUGGCAGAUCUGAUAACGCUAUCAAAAACUGGUGGAAUGGUGGUGCCAACAGAAGAAGAAGAGCUUCGGCUCAAGCAAACCUACAACAACAACACCAGCUUCAACAACUCUCUGUCAACCCAAACUCAAACUAUCUCACUCGUCGCUCUUCUCAUCUCCCUCCUUCCUCAAUAAUACAAAACAAUCUUCAGCAAAAUAUUCCUCCUCUUCCUCAACUCCCACAGGUUUCAAAUUUCAAUUUUAAAACUGAUCUAUUUGGCAGCAACAGCAACAGCAACAAUAACAAUAACAAUAACAAUAACAAUAAUAAUAAGCACAUCGAUCCACUAAUACACUCACAGCCUCCUGCUUUUUCUAAUCGAUUAUACUCAAGUCGAAGUUCUAUGGAUCUUAAUGCAAACCAAAUGCCUUCCCAAUCAUACACUAAAAACAACAAUAAUGAUCUACAACCACCACCUUCAAGCAAAAGAAGACUAAUCGAAGAUCCAUCAACUUUCAGAAGACACUCAACUGCAACUGUACCAUCCAUGAACCAAGACAAAAUAGACAAUAUUAACCCAAUGUACAAUAAUCUCAAUACCGCCAACACAAACAACAUCCCAAAUAAUUACCUAAACCCGAAUUCCUACUCAAGAACAAAUUCAAUCGCAAUCAUGUCAAACGAGGUCAACUCAGAAUCAAGAAGACCCUCAUUGGCUCCAGAUUACUUUCCAAACUUUUUAAACUCACAAAACUCUUCUGCUCCAAGAUAUUCAAUAUCCGGUUCUCUCGUCCCUCCUUUAAAUCAGCAAAACCAAGGCAUUUCAAGAUUGGGCCCACUAUCCUCAAACAACAACUUCUCCCCAGAUUAUAAUACUCCAAAUGCUCUUCCUCAAAUACAACAAACCGGAUUAUUCAAACAAAGUUUCUCGUUUUCUAACCCUGUACAAUCUACCUCAAACCAACAACAAAAUUUAGCCAACAACAACAACAACAACAUUGCUCCAAAUGCCUCGUCUCCAUUUGCAAAAUCAACUUUUCAAUUCAAUAGCUCUCCCCUUGCAAACAACAACAGCCAAAUUUAUUCAGCUAACCAAAGUGGCUCGCCCUCUCCCUCUUUUCAAAAUUCAAAAAUCCAAUUCAAUAGCAAUAUUAAUUAUAACAAAAAGACAAAUAAUUACGGAAACAACAGUGUGGAUCCUUUGCAGUUCAAACCUGUGAAUUUCGGUUCCCCAUUUUCUCAAAAGGCAUCUCCAAAGGCCUCACCUCUUCAUAAAGGAUACGACCCAGUUCGUGAUGCUAGCAAUUCUGCCUCUUCUAAAAGCAAAACAGAAGGCGACAAAAUUAAUGAAAAUAGAAGGAAAAUUUCAAUUGCAAAUUUAUUGGAGCAUUAAUUACUUAUAAAUACUAUAACCUGUUAAAUUUAUAUUUAAAAACUUCUUCUUCUCUCCUUUUUUUUCCUUUCUUUUUUUC